CUGGGAUGAAUGGGUUCCAGAGAGCAGAGUGCUCAAAUACGUCGACACCAAUCUGCAGAAGCAGAAAACUUCAGAAGGCCAAUCAGCUUCUCGGAUGCAAGGGAACAGUAUGCAGAAGGAAAGAUGAGAGGGGCUGCUCCAGGCAAGAAGGCAUCCGGUCUCCAGCAGAAAAAUGUUGACGUAUUUUUCAGACGAGAUGGAGCGCAUACAGUUUGCGGUUUGGAGACCCCUGCAAUAUCGACGCGGAAAACAAAAAAGAACAAACAGAAAAAUCCUGGGAUCGGGGAAGGCAGCAGUACCAGUGAAAACCCUCAACCUCCCAGGAAAAAACGGGCUCGAGUAGAUCCCACCGUCGAAAGCGAAGAAACUUUUAUGAACAGAGUUGAAGUGAAGGUGAAAAUACCAGAGGAGCUCAAACCAUGGCUUGUAGAUGACUGGGAUUUGAUCACCCGGCAAAAGCAGCUCUUCUACCUUCCUGCCAAGAAGAACGUUGACUCCAUUUUAGAGGACUAUGCGAACUACAAGAAGUCCCGAGGAAACACCGACAACAAAGAAUAUGCCGUUAAUGAAGUUGUGGCGGGCAUCAAAGAAUACUUCAAUGUCAUGCUUGGCACCCAACUGCUGUAUAAGUUUGAGAGGCCACAGUACGCGGAGAUCUUAGCGGAUCACCCUGACGCUCCGAUGUCGCAGGUCUAUGGAGCCCCACACCUCCUCCGGCUAUUUGUCCGGAUCGGAGCGAUGCUUGCUUACACGCCUCUGGAUGAGAAGAGCCUGGCCUUGCUAUUGAACUACUUGCAUGACUUCUUAAAAUACCUUGCAAAGAAUUCCUCCAUGUUGUUCAGCGCAAGCGACUAUGAGGUUGCACCCCCAGAAUACCACCGGAAGGCAGUGUAAGCCUCUUGCCCACAGUGUGUGUGUGUGCGUGCGUGCGCGUGUCACCGGAAGGGGAUCCCUGGAUUUCUGCAGCUGUUUUGCCCAGUUCUCCGUUUGCCCUCGGUCCCCCGUCUCGCACACGUCUCUCCGCGCAGUCGACGUCCACGUGUCAAGUGAAUAGUGAGUGUGUCUGCAGAUGGAACUGACCACCCGCCUCUGGAGGACUUUUCUUCACUUCCGAAAUAUCUCCACAAGGAAAAAGCCUUAAAGGAGUACUUCAGGGAAUUGGUUUGGUGUUGGAACGUCCCUGGAAAUGCAACAAACACUUCAUCGUUUGACCUCCCGCAUGCCUCUCGGUCCCUUGUUCAUAAAACCCAAGUAUUACCUGAGCAGUGAAGGUGAUUGGUAAUACACCCUCCCCCUUGGGGGGGGGGGGACUUUCUUUGCCAGCAGUUAGGGAGGACCAGUCACCGCUGAGUACUUGCUACUGGGGUGGGGGUGGAGCAUGUUCCAUCUACUUGGUGUUGGAUCGGUAAAGUGUGCUGGUCUCAGUGUAUGUGUUUUGCCUGCUUAGCAGCAGAACUGUGGGUUUGGUGUUUUUGGUUUUUGUUUUGUUUUGUUUGGCCUUGAAUGCACCUUCUAAGAUAGGACGAAUUCACAUCUUGUACACCGUUCCCAAAACGUUGUUGUUUUGUUGAAGGGGGGAUGUUUGUGGAUCUCCAAAUAAACUUUUCUAUUUCAGCUGUUCGAACACGUUGGCCCCUGUGUCGCUGCCUGAUGAAGAGCUUUUGGCUGUCAUAAUGGGAAGAAGGCCGCUUUUUAAUUCCUUCUAAACAGCAAACCUCAGGCAGGGCGGAGUUCCCACCUGAAGUACCCAGGAGAACAGUGGCUUUUUUUGUGUGUUGUUUUAAAGAAACCGAAACUGAUUGUCCUUCGAACACUGAGAAGAAUUGAGACUGUUC